AUGUACCAGUUUCGCCACGUCACAUCAAGCCCUCGGUACCCCCAAAGUAACGGCCUCGCGGAAGCCGCUGUAAAAAUCAUCAAGAAUUCAAUGAAAAAGACUGGCGACCCCUACGAGUCGCUACUCGCCUACCGGUCAUCUCCUCUGCAAAAUGGGUACUGUCCCUCUGAACUACUAAUGGGUCGGAGACUUCGGACAACCAUACCGACUCCUGACAGCAACCUUCUGCCUAAGAUCCCAGACUACAACGAGUUACAACGGAAGGAGCUGAUGCUGAAAAACAGUCAGGCAGCCGCCUAUAACUCUCGCCAUGGGGUUCGACGUUUACCGGAACUCAACAAGGGAGAUAAGGUCUGGGUCAUCGACCUCAAACGUCGGGGAAUCGUGGAACGAAGGGCCGGCACACCACGGUCGUUCUGGGUGAAGACAAACGGAAAGGACGUGCGCCGAACGAGGAGUCACCUGGUGCGCUACCACUCCUCAUGCGACCAAGAUGAAGGGAGACUUCCAGCAUCACGGGACGUGCAGUGUGAAAGUUUUCACGGAGCACUGCCAUUACAGGAGACUACACCCGGGAUAGAACCAACGUCUACACAUGACACAGACGACUCGUCUGUGGCCACUGGCGAUUCUACCGUUAGGCAAGGGGAAAGUGAUUCUGAGGAAAAGUGCAGGGACUCGCACCAACAUACUCGGAGUGGGCGCUGCAUCAAACCACCUCAAAGACUUAAUUUGUAA